AGGGGAGGCGCGCGCUUGAUGUCCUCUCCAACCCUCUGCUGUUCUAACGUAAAGCGAGUGUGUCCUGUGGUACCGCUGGUAAGGGGCUCGGAUCGCGUGCGUCGGUGCCUCCUCCUGAAGUGCUCUCUGCAUCGGGGAGAAUCCGCCGCCGCCGCGUUACGCGUGGAAUGGUCUUGCGGGGUUUGGAGUAGAAAUGUGUUCAGAAAGGCUCACUUCCAGCCCGCAACCAGAGCCAUGCCCAGCUUACCUUGCAAGCGAAUCUAUGACAUCUUGUUUUUAUUCAUUACGACUUUGAUAUGAGUGAUAUUUGCUCGGAUACCGCCGAGGAGUGAAGAAGAUAAACACAGGCUUGAAGGACGUUGUUUUCGCUGCAGAAACCUCUGCAUUUAGGAUUCUUCUUCUUUUUUUUUGAUGGAGCUGGAGAACAUAGUAGCCAACACUGUACUGCUAAAAGCGAGAGAGGGUGGAGGAGGAAAGCGGAAAGGGAGGAGCAAAAAAUGGAAGGAGAUCCUUCGUUUCCCCCAUAUAAGCCAGUGCACUGAGCAGGGAAACAGCAUUGAAAGGGACUAUGUCAGCAUCUGUGAGAAACAGCCUAUCGGACGGCUACUGUUCCGUCUUUACUGUGACACCAGACCUGAGCUGCAACGAUGCAUCCAACUACUGGACGCACUGGAAGACUACGAGGUGACACCUGAUGAGAAUAGAAAAUGCCGAGGGGACCAGAUCAUCAAAACCUUUCUCUCAAAACAAUCACCUCAGCGUGUAGACAUAGCAGAGGUUUUUGCAGAACAGUGCAGAGAGAACCUCGAGCUGAGUCCAUGUAAGGAGAUCUUCAGCAACUGCCACAAGACCGUCCAUGACUACCUGAGUGAAGGUCCAUUCUUGGACUACCAGAACAGCAUGUACUUUGACCGAUUCCUGCAGUGGAAGAUGCUGGAGAGGCAACCAAUCACUAAAGACACAUUCAGACAGUACCGAGUGCUGGGGAAAGGGGGAUUCGGAGAGGUGUGUGCCUGCCAGGUUAGAGCGACAGGAAAGAUGUAUGCCUGUAAGAAGCUGGAAAAGAAGAGGAUAAAGAAGAGGAAAGGGGAAUCCAUGGCUCUCAACGAGAAGUUGAUUUUAGAGAAAGUCAACAGUAGAUUUGUUGUGAGUUUAGCGUAUGCCUAUGAAACCAAAGACGCUCUCUGUCUGGUGCUUACCAUCAUGAACGGUGGAGACUUGAAGUUUCACACCUACAACAUGGGCACGCCAGGCUUCGAGAAAGACAGGGUCCAGUUUUACGCUGCGCAAAUCUGCUGUGGCCUGGAGCAUUUGCACAGGGAAUCCAUUGUCUACAGGGACUUGAAACCAGAGAAUAUCCUAUUAGAUGACAAUGGACACAUUCGUAUCUCUGACCUGGGGCUGGCCAUCAAAGUGCCUGAAGGAGAACUCAUCAGAGGCAGAGUGGGGACUGUGGGCUACAUGGCUCCGGAGGUGAUAAACAAUGAAAAGUACGGCAUGAGUCCUGAUUGGUGGGGGCUGGGCUGUCUGGUGUACGAGAUGACCGCCGGGCGGUCGCCCUUCCGCGCCCGCAAAGAACGAGUGAAGCGAGAGGAAGUGGAGCGCAGGGUGCAGGAAGAGGAGGAGGAGUAUAGCGACAAGUUCACCGCGGACACAAAGGCCAUCUGUAGAAUGCUGAUGACCAAAGACCCCAAGCAGAGGCUGGGGUGUCUGGCGGACGGAGCGGCAGGCGUCAAGGCCCACCCCUUCUUCAAAAACAUCAAUUUCAGGAGACUGGAGGCAGGAAUCGUGGAGCCCCCUUUUGUGCCUGAUCCUCGGGCAGUGUACUGUAAGGAUGUUUUGGACAUAGAGCAGUUCUCCACAGUCAAGGGAGUAAAUUUGGACCAAACUGACAAUGACUUCUACUCCAAAUUUACUAUAGGCAGUGUUUCCAUCCCAUGGCAGAAUGAGAUGAUUGAAACUGAGUGUUUCAGAGAUUUGAAUGUGUUUGGGCCUCAAGGGACCAGGCCUCCGGAUCUGGACUGGAAUCAGCCACCAGAGCCGCCCAGACGCAGCCUGCUGGACAGGAUCUUCAGGAGGCAUCACCCGGAGGUGUCCAUCUCCCACAGCCGUGUGCAGUCUUCCAGUGUAAACUCUGUGGACUCCAUGUCCAACUCUGCCCCCUAGUGGCACAGGGACAGUGUGGGAGCCCUACACACUUAAAGGGAAGGAGCUCUGAGGGGCUUCCCCGCUGCUGAUUGGUCCACAGCCGGGGCAUGAGCAGCAGCUGGAGACAGCCUGUCUAAAAGCCUGAAUGGUCGUGCCAUGGGGGU